UUUCCUCUUCUUGGUCCAAACAUUCCUUUACCUGCACCUAUUUCCCCUCCCUCCAACAUUUCCACAUUUACAUUCCAGCCUUCUCUCCCUCCCACUCAAUUCACUUCACAAUCCCCUACCUCUCAAAUUACUCCUCCUAACUCUUCCUCUGCCCCUCGACGAUCCACUCGACCCAAGAAACCCCCUUCCUACUUACAAGAUUAUUCUUGUCAACAGAUCCUUGUGACUCCCUCUUCACAAUCCAGCUUCAAGAUACAAGUCAAAACUCUUUUGGCUAUUGCUGCCAUUAAAGGUUGGAGUUUGCAUCAAUUUGAUGUAAACAACGCCUUCUUACAUGGUGAAUUACACGAAAAAAUCUACAUGAAGAUGCCUCCCGGAUACUCAAUUCCCAACAAAGAAAAAGUUUGCAAGUUAAAAAAAAGCUUGUAUGGACUUAAGCAGGCUUCUCGGCAAUGGUAUGCCAAAUUUUCCUCAUCUUUACUUCAAUAUGGUUUCAAUCAAUCUAGGGCUGAUUAUACUCUUUUUACCAAAGGCAGUGGUCCUUCAUUCAUUGCAUUACUUGUCUACGUUGAUGAUAUUAUUGUGGCCACUAAUGAUCUCAAAGCUGUUUCUGACCUAAAAGAAUUCUUAGCUACCAAGUUCAAGAUCAAGGACCUUGGUUGUCUAAAAUAUUUUCUAGGUUUAGAGAUUGCCCGAAAUCCUACUGGAAUACAGAUUUGUCAACGAAAAUAUACAUUAGAUAUAUUAAAUGAUGUUGGUUUGCUUGGUUGUAAACCAAGCUUAAUUCCCAUGGAUCCCAAUAUUAAAUUGUGUAAAGAUGAAGGUCAAUUGCUGGAUGAUCCUAGUGAAUAUAGACGAAUGGUUGGCAGACUUCUCUAUCUCACUAUUACACGACCUGAUCUCUCCUACUCUAUUAAUAUCUUGAGUCAAUACAUGUCAUCACCACGAGUCCCUCAUCUUCAUGCUGCCUAUAAAGUGUUGCGGUAUCUCAAGAAAUCACCAGGACAGGGCUUGUUCUUUCCAUCUUCAUCCUCAUAUCACUUGACUGUCUACUGCGAUUCUGACUGGGCAUCAUGUCCCGACACUAGGCAUUCCACAACAGGCUAUUGUGUCUUCCUUGGUCACUCUCUUGUCUCCUGGAAAUGCAAGAAACAGACAACUAUAUCAAGAAGUUCUACUGAAGCAGAAUACCGCUCCAUGGCCUCAGCCUCAUGUGAAAUCAUAUGGAUUAAGUACCUUCUUGCAGAUCUCCAAGUCCCUCAUUCUCAGCCUGCUACUCUCUACUGUGAUAGCAAAUCAGCUUUACACAUCGCCUCCAAUCCCGUCUUCCACGAAAGAACCAAACACAUUGAAUUAGAUUGUCAUCUAAUUCGGGACAAAAUUCAAGAAGGAGUUCUCACCACAGCCUACACACCAUCGCAGUCUCAGCUUGCAGACCUCUUAACUAAAGCUCUUCAUUCCCCUAUGUUUUACUCUCUGUUGCUCAAGAUGAGAGUCACUGAUCUCCACUCUCCAUCUUGCGGGGGGAUAUUGAAUCAAGCAAAAGCAAUGAAGUCAUCCCAGCAGCACAUCAUGCAAGCCACCUCAUCACAACAAACUGUCACGAGUCAUCAAAAUCAGCAAAUCAUGUAA